AUGCAAUGUGGAUUUGCGUUCCUUGAAGCUGGGUCCGUGCGAAGUAAAAACGUGACAAACAUCUUGAUUAAGAAUCUACUUGACUCAUUUGUGUCUGGUCUCUCUUACUGGCUGAUCGGAUAUGCUUUGGCAUAUGGCUCUGGGAAUAAGUUUAUUGGUUACGAAUACUUUGCGCAUGCCUAUAUGCCUGAUGACCAGUACGCUAAAUGGUUCUUCCAGUACGUCUUUGCCGCCACUGCGGCCACCAUCGUCUCAGGGGCGGUUGCUGAACGGUGUGAUUUCAAUGGCUACCUCGUCUACAGUUUUCUUAUUACAGGAUUUGUGUACCCUGUAGUAACUCACUGGACAUGGAGUGGUGAAGGCUGGCUGUCAGACGGAAGUGAAUAUAUUAAUGAGAAAGGGGAGGUGUCAACGGUCGCAUACAACGAUUUUGCCGGCAGUGGUGUUGUACAUACGUUAGGAGGAACAGCGGCUUUUGUGGGUGCCCUCUUUCUUGGCGCUCGAAAAGGCAGAUUUGAUGAGGAAUCCGGCUACCCUGUGGAAAUUAAAGGGCAUUCUCUUCCUUUCGCAGCUCUGGGAGGUUUUGUCUUGCUCUUUGGUUUCUUCGCCUUCAACGGUGGCUCACAGGCCGCCAUAUCCAACCCCGGAGAUGGCAUUGCUAUAGCCAUUUCUAUCGUGAACACCGUGGCUGCGGCUACAGGCGGUGGCUUUGUGGUGCUCGUUCUGAACAAAACACCAUUGGGAGACGGCAAAUGGAGUAUGUUGUCCACGGUCAACGGUUGCCUCACGGGAAUGGUAUCGGCCUGUGCAGGGUGUAACGAUAUGUACACGUGGGGUGCCUUUGUGACUGGACUGAUCGGAGGCGUGGUCUACAUGUUGAUAUCCUGGUCUGUUGUCAAGCUGAGGGUGGAUGACCCACUGGACGCCACCGCUGUACAUUUUGGUGGCGGAGUCACAGGUGUCAUCACCAUAGCGUUCUUGUCCAAGACUUAUGGAAUUCUCUUCUUUGGGGAUAACCGUUCUGGAUUGCAUUUGGCAUGGCAGUUAGCCGGUUUAGCUGCAAUCAUUGGUUGGACCGCUGUGCUCUCUAUAUUGAUCUUUGGUGGCCUCAAGCUUCUCGGCAUUCUCAGAGUCAACGAGGAAAUGGAACUCAAAGGUUUGGACAUUCCCAAGCACGGCGAGCCAGCUUACCCGGCUGAGUCUUACGGUCACGGAUGGGGUGAAAAAGGUGACUCACUGGUGCAAAUGGCUGGACUCAGCAUAGUGGGCAAGGGCAAAACCCAAGAUGUGAUGAAAAAGCGGGAACUUUCCAGGCCUUCUGGUAACCCAGAAAUCGAUGCCCGCAACCGUAAGAAUUUGGCAGCGUCCUAUGACAGUGGUAUCAACAAUGGAGUCGUGGACAUGGACUAA